AUGACCUACGUCUCAAAUGAUCAAAGUUGGUGGCCGAAAAUGAUUUUGGUUAUGUUUCUUAGCUAUUGGGAAGUUGCCGCCGGCGUCGUGGUGGUAUACGAUUGGGUCUUAACAUUUGGACAAGAGAUCGAACUCAUCUGGAGACAACGGUGGUCUCUCAUGACCGUGCUGUAUUUGAUUAUACGCUAUAUUGCAAUACCGUUUUCUGUUCUCGGUGUUCUGCGCACCACCACGUUCUACGCAUCAAGUGUGACAAUUGUGGUCUUAACUGCCAUGUUGGGCGUGAUCAUGAUUGCUCGGUUGCAUGCGAUGUAUCAGGGAUCUAGAACGAUGCUUGUGUUCCUUGUUAUUACCUUCCUGGCUGUAAACAUCGCCUGCGCAGUGAUCACGGUAAUAGUACUGAUGGAUACUGUAGGGGAGGAGGCAAUACUCUCUGGCACAUAUAUGUGCAAUUACGAAUUUGAAGUGAACGCCCAGCUUCUGUUUUCCACGAUUUGGAUCCUCAACACUGUUUGGGAGAUCCUCGCAUUCUGUCUGUCAGUUUGGGUUGCUGUGAAACACUUCCGUGAGCUGCGACGACUCAACCGAUCGACAGGAUCGACCAUCGGGGACUGUUUCGGAAUGCUGAUACAAUCUCACGUUCUUUAUUUUGCAAGCUUUGUUGGUGUCUCUUGCCUCCAGCUUGCUUGUUUCUCUGAAGUAAUCUCGAGUUCAACUUCUAUGGGAGCUGGGACGCUCGAUGGUGUUGAUGGGAUUUUAUCGGUCGUGCAGAUGUUUGUGCUGGGACCACGCCUCAUUCUUAGCGUUCGAGAAUACAACGCGAAACUCGUGGCAUACUCCGAUGUAGAAACUAACAUGAAUUCGAUUGUUUUCCAGGAGCGUGUACAUGUAUCGACUGGCAGUACUGUGUAGGGAAAUAUUUGCCGAGUGGUCUGCAGGGAGGAGAAAUUUGGUUGUGGAUCUGUCGUGGUAUUUAGUUAACAUAUGAGGUUUCGAAGUAUAUUUGUAGGCAAACCUAUUUCUUGUUGUAUGGCUACAGGAACGAAGUACCCGCAUUUGACCCAAGUAGCAAAUUGAAUUUAUCUAGCAACCAACCUCGUCCUUGAUUGCCGAUAUUGAAAUAUACUGAUGGCUGAUUCUACGUGUCUGUGGAGUUCCGCUGUCUGAACAUACAGAUGAUAAUGAAGAAGUGAAUGCGAAACGCGUGAAGUCAGAUGGUUGAUGACUCAGAUGCGAUCGGUCCUGCUUAUGCUGUCCUCUUCUGCAAUCAUCUAUCUGGGUUAGGCAUGUGGGAUGUGACGUGAAAGUUCCACGAACUAGGAAAGU